AUGGAAAAAUGGAAAGCAACGCUGCUUGGCAAGCUGAGCAGAAGUGUGACUCUUGAGGGAGCUGCGGGACAGGAGCUACGUGCGGGACGAGGGGCUGGGGUCUCGUUGCACACUGUGGCGCCGGCGGCGGGGGGGCAGAGCAGCGGGGUGGCUGAGCCGGGCCUCCGUCUCUUUCUCUCUCUCUCUCUCUCUCUCUCUCCUGCAGCCCCCAAAGCCGAUAACGAGGUGCCGUCGCCGGCCUCCUCCCAUCACAGCAGCAACCAGCCGGCGUCGCUGACCGAGGAGAAGCGCACCCCGCAGGGCAGCCAGAACUCCCUGAACACGGUGAGCUCGGGCAGCGGCAGCACCAGCGGGAUCGGCAGCGGCGGCGGCGGCGGAAGCGGCGUGGUCAGCGCUGCCGUGCAGCCCUACGAUGUGGAGAUCCGGCGCGGCGAGAACGAAGGCUUUGGCUUCGUCAUUGUGUCCUCGGUGAGCAGGCCCGAGGCUGGCACGACUUUCGGCAAUGCAUGUGUGGCUAUGCCUCACAAAAUAGGUCGGAUUAUUGAGGGGAGUCCUGCUGACCGAUGUGGCAAGCUGAAAGUGGGAGACCGGAUCCUGGCAGUGAAUGGAUGUUCCAUCACCAACAAGUCCCAUUCAGACAUUGUCAACCUAAUCAAGGAAGCAGGAAACACAGUUACCCUCCGCAUCAUUCCUGGGGAUGAGUCUUCGAAUGCUACUUUGCUGACCAAUGCAGAGAAGAUUGCCACCAUCACCACUACACACACCCCUUCUCAGCAAGGGGCCCAGGAGACCAGAGCCCCUCAUCAUCGCUCCGACUUCACCUUCAACCUUCAGCCUUCUAGCCAUCUGGACUUCUUCCUGUUCUUCCACCCCACCUGCUUACUGCACCUCCUCAGUGCCUUUACACUUGCUCUUCCUUUGGCCUGGAGGACUCUGCCCCUGAACGAGUUCAUUGCUCAAUCCCUUACUCUGCUCCGGUAG